AUGGGUCGCGUUAGAACCAAGACAGUCAAGAGGUCCGCCAAGGUCAUCAUCGAGCGUUACUACCCCAAGUUGACGCUCGACUUCGAGACCAACAAGCGCCUUUGCGAUGAGAUCGCCAUCAUUGCCUCCAAGCGUCUCCGCAACAAGAUUGCUGGUUACACCACCCACCUGAUGAAGCGUAUCCAGCGUGGUCCCGUCCGCGGUAUCUCUUUCAAGCUGCAGGAGGAGGAGCGUGAGCGCAAGGAUCAGUACGUUCCUGAGGUCUCCGCUCUGGAUGUUUCCCAGACCGAGUCCGGCCAGCUCGACGUUGAUGCCGAUACCAAGGAUCUGCUCAAGAGCAUGGGCUUCGACAACCUGAAGGUCAACGUUGUCAACGUUUCCCAGCAGCAGGUCCAGGAGCGCCCCCGCCGCUUCCGGUAG